UACAACAAUUCUCAAGUGUCUCAUAGUUUUAAUCACAAUGACACCGAUAUUCAAAAGCAGUGAAUUCGUACCAACUGUACCGGAUUUUGUCCAUAUACCAUUUUUUCUAAUAAAAUUUUUGGGUGUAAAACUUUUCAAAUGGACACCGGAUGAGCCAAUAACGAAACAACAAAUAACAAUACUGGGAUUAUUCACGGUUUUUUCGAUUUUCAAUUUUACAAGCAUGCUGCUCUACGUCGUCUACGAAGAUUUGGAGACCUUACUGGAUAUAACUGAGUUUGUUUUAUUUUGGGGAUUCACGCUGAAUGCUCUGAUGAAGGGCAUUUCGAUGGUCUGUUUUCGACGCGAAAUCGAAUCUAUACUUAAGGGUUUAAUUGCCAAACAUCCAAAAACGGCGGAAGAGCGUGCGGCUUACCAAUUAGUGCCAUACUUCAGAACAAUUAAUAUAUCCAAUAAAUAUUUGUCAAUAUGGCAUUUAAGUAUAACAUCAAUAUUUGUUGUUCAUCCAUUGAUAGCAUCGAUACAUGGUUAUAUAAGCCGUGAGGAUAAAAAUGAAAGUUUUGACUUCACGUUACCCUUCAUGAUGACCUAUUUCUAUGAUAUAAAUCAACCGUUAGCUUAUGCGGUUUCAUAUUUCCUACAAUGCUGUGGGGCAUUCCAUGUGUCACUAUUAUUUUUGAGUGGUGAUUUAUUGCUCAUCUCCAUGGUGCAUUUGGUUAACAUGCAUUUCGGAUAUUUGAUUUAUAAAAUAGAGAGUUUUCAACCUACCGGUACGGAUGCUGACAUGAAAGUGCUCGGACCUUUGAUGGUAUAUCACAAUGAGAUGUUGAAUUAUGCUGAGCGAAUCGAUAACACUUUCGGCUUGGCCACACUUCUCAACUAUGUCGGCUCAUGUUUGGUACUUUGCCUUAUUGGUCUUCAAAUAGCGAUGGGCUCGGAGGCUGUGAUCGUCAUUAAGUUUAUCGGUUUUCUUGUCUCAACCAUAGUGCAGGUCUUUUUCGUCUCCUAUUUCGGCAAUAAUCUUAAAGAUUUGAGUACUGGUAUAAGUGAUGCGUUCUACAAUCAUCCCUGGUACGAUGCAAAUUACAAGUACAUGCGCAUGCUAGUUCUACCCAUAGCACGUGCUCAGCGUUAUGCGCGCUUGACGGCUUUUAAAUUUUUCGAGAUAUCAAUGGAUAGUUUUAAGUCGCUCUGUACCACAUCAUACCAAUUUUAUACACUAUUGCGGACAAGCAUUGAGGAAGAUGGUGUUUAAAUUAAAUGAAGCGGCUAAAACAGCCUAGAGCACGAAGAGCCAGCCGAGCGACCGCCAUUUGUCCACUAACUGCCACACGCUGCCACAUGCCGUAAUAUGUUAAUAUCAGUGACCAUAAAAGCGAUGUUGUCAUCCAUCAAAAGCGACUGUGGGGUACUUUGGAUCGGUGCGUAUUUGUAUGGGUGCCAUGGUGCGAUAAUAAAGGGACAACGGCGCGCGUAAUGCUCAUAAAGACACCGAAUAAAGUAUUCUAAAGCACUACAACAACAACAAUAACAAUCAAGAAAACCAAAUUCAGCAAGAUUAUGACAUAAAGUGUGAGAUAUAAAAAUAAGCAACAACAAAAUUAUGGCUUAAGUAUGUAUGUUCCCAAAAAUUCAUGUUUGUCUCGCCUUUUCUUGGACAUUUUUCGGUCAUACGCGUUAACAUAUCCAUUUUGCGGUCUAUUGUUGUUGUUAUUAUUGCAUUUUGUUUCUGGUUUUUUGUUUUGCAUUAUUUCUCCAUAACUCCAAAAAAAAAGCAUGCGAAAGCGAAAAGUCCUGCGUACUACAAAACCAACGAAAUAAUUAUAUGCGACAUUCUUUCGGUUUCACGCUUUGGGAAAUUAUGCAAAUUCUUUUUUAUGCUUGAAAUGUUGCCGCGUAUAAAGCGUAGCAGCUCAUACUCUCAUUUCGGUAAUAAACAUAGAGAAAAUUAAAGAAUAACUUGAAUAUUUUGAAUGUGUGCACCCGAGUGUAACAAGGAUAUGAAAAAUACUCUCUUAUAUACGAGUCUAUGUGGGUUUGUCUGAGUCAAAAAUGUUAUAUAAAAUGUGAGUAUGUUUUCUAUAGAAAU